GCAUUUUGUCAUACAUCUGCAAGACAAGUCGCUUGCCGCCAAUGAAAACAGUUGCAUUUGACCUUGCAGUUCGGCUACACGCCAUCCAUCCGCAUCACGAACACGCAGCAUCGACGAAGCAUCCAAAUUAGUAAACCCUCCGUUGGAUCCUUCUAGAUAGCAGCGAUCAAGACCUGGAAACAUUUAUAUGAACCGGAGGAGGUUAGGGCACGACCAAAUCGAAGCAAGGUCGGGGAAGGAGAUGGGGAAGUUGAGCUCAAUGGAAGUUUUGCUUCUGCUGCUGCUUUGCGUCGCCGCCGGCGGGGCGAUGGCGCAGGAGGCGUCGAAUGUGAGGGCGACGUAUCACUACUACUACCCGGCGCAGAACAACUGGGAUCUGUACGCCGUCAGCGCCUACUGCUCGACGUGGGACGGCGACCGGCCGCUGGACUGGCGGAGGAGGUACGGGUGGACCGCCUUCUGCGGACCCGUCGGGCCGACAGGCCGCGACGCCUGCGGCAGGUGCUUGAGGGUUACAAACACAGCUACGGGGAGUCAAGCAACGGUCAGGAUUGUAGAUCAGUGUGCAAAUGGAGGGCUAGAUUUAGAUCAAGGGGUGUUCUCUCAGCUGGACACAGAUGGAAGCGGCUACGCGCGAGGCCACCUGAUCGUUAACUAUCAGUUCGUUAACUGCAACGAUUGAGCGAGCUACCAAUACAAAUGCGAGCCGAAUAAAUAUGUAAUAAAUAAAUAAAUUCGGCAGACUUUAAUAAU